GAAACAAGACGAUGGAGGGAGUGGUGACCGGCGUGAACACAGUUGCCCAGAAGACCAACGAACAGGCCAACAUCGUUGCAGACACCGCGGUUACCGGGGCCAACGAGGUUGCCCAGGCAACAGUGGAAGGGGUGGAGAAUGCAGCGGUGGCGAGCGGAUUCGUCAGCACGGAGGAGGCGGGACCAAAGGCUGAGGAGGCCGACCUCCCAAAAACAAAAGCAGGAGAACAGACUGAAGAGGCUGCACAGUAGUCACUUCCUGUUUCGUCCCGUCCAAUGAGAGAAGAGGAACCAUCACAUUUUUAGCCGUCACUAAACCCUUUGACCUCUGACCCUCCCUAACCCCACAAUAUUCUUCAGCUGCUGUGUGUAACUAAACCUCAUUAACCAAUAGAAGCCCUCCUCCUGUUGCCAUGGUUGCAUGGUCUCUGCAUCACACUCAUCGUACACACUGAUGUCAGUUUUUAACGCUCAGAUGAGAUGAAUUUAAUCAGGUUGUGGACUCUCAGCUUAUUGGUCGGUGUGGGAUGACAUCACCCAGGCCGAGUGUUCAUAUUUGAUGCUGCAAGUGUCCUACAAGCCCCGCCCCCGCCCUGACCACGCCCCCUGACAGACAUAUCUGAAGCCUUUUAAAUGCAUGUUGCUUUACUGACUUACUGACUUAAAAUACUAGAAAACCCACUAAACUAAAAUUAAACACACACACACACACACACACACACACACACACUUCUGUCUGUCGCUUCAGAGCUUCUUUUACAAAACAACAGAAGUGAAUAAACACGAGUUUGAAAUCCA